UGGCGGCGGUAUCUGUCAGCAAGAAGUGAAACUUUCGCAUAAGAGAGUGAAUAUUUCCUAUUAAACGCAGCGUUUCCUGGAUGUUGUCGUCGCUUCGACGUUUGCGGCGUUUUACUAGAAAAGAUCUUUCGUCUACUUUUUGCAGUCGUCUUUCAUUUGACGGCUUUUUUCCUUCUGUAUGUGCUCUUGGCUGCUAGCUGACUAGCUGACUAAAAAGGCUCUCCUCGAUAAAUAGAGCAAAGUGUCAUACAGACAGAGGAAUACAUUAGCGGAUAGAACCGGCUUUGCUGCACGUUAUUGGGCGAUUUGAAGAUUAAAUCCGCGUCAAACAUCAACAGAGACGUAUGUUUAUUAGUUUUAUUUACAACCAAGGGCAGCGCUUCCGUGUUCAUUUUACGUCACUGGCUUCCGAUUCAAGUCGGAUGUUUGUCGAUGUGCUCUCUAACCCAAGGAAUUUGAUUUGCUAGCACCUUCUGUACUGGCAAAUCAAUGGAGAAGCUUCAGGAUCUCGGACAAUCCGAGUUACAGGAUUUGCUGGAUAACUCGGAACGGGUUGCGUCAAUGGCACUGGAGUCAGAUGAGAUCCAGAACAUUCAGCUGGAAAGGGAAAUGGCUCUGGCUUCCAAUCGCAGCCUGGCUGAACAGAACCUCGAUAUGAAACCGCAGCUGGAGAGAGAGAGAGAACGGCUGGUGCUGAAAUAUAAUGAAUUGGAGGAAGUGAGGGAGCGAUACAAACAGCACUGUGCUCUUCGAGAUGGGAUUAUGGGACAGGUGUCUCCUGAGGGGUUGUUAUCUCGUCUACAGGCAGAGGGCGCCAACACAGAGGCAGAGUCAGAGGUUCUAGCUGAUGAGUUUCUAGAGGGUUCCUUGUUGCUAGACUCCUUCCUUGAGCGCUUCCACUCUCUUCGCUGCCUCGCUCACAGAAGACGUGUGUGCAUUGAGAAACUGCAAGAGAUUCUGCGCCAGAAGAACCAAGGAGCCGGGGAGUCGGGCAUGACAUCAGAGCCGUGCUCCAAUUCAGAGGCCAUCUCAGUGUCCCCGUGGCAACAACCCCAGCAACAGCAACAGCAGAAACCCAGCGUGAGCUCCAACCCACCCAACUGUGCCCUGCAGUACCCUUCAUACCCUGUUUCUCCUCCUAGCCAGCCCUGUUCAGCCUCUACAGCUGCCCCCUCCAACCCCUCUGGUGCUUUUCAGCCCUACUCAAGCCAGGCUGUGGCUUUUACUCCAUCCUCAGGCUACCCCAGUGCCCAGCUUGCCUUUGCCCCAUCCACAUGCCCAUACCCCACCCAACCUGCCUUUCCAGCUCCCCAAGGUCCUCCUUUUGGGCAGUUUGGCCCUAGUAAUGCACCCUACCCCAGCCCAUACCCUUAUGGAGGUUAUAGUUACCCCGUGGGCUCCCAUAUGCCCCCUUCUCAGUCACCUACAGGUAGGCCGCUUUAUAGGCCAGGGUUUGGUGUACCACAGCCGUACUCCUGAACCACAGUGUCUCUCUCUCUCUCUCUCUCUCUCUCUCUGUGUGUCUCUUAAUCCCUCAUCUCUGUUCUGUCUCUUUCUUCUUUCCUCUUUUGCCUCCAACUGACAUUGAGAUUUGUGGUUUGCAUAUCCCCAAAUUUUCUCUUCCUGUUUGAGGCUUGCACAAAAUGUUUGACAUCUGGGUUACCAUGUAUUUUUCCCCCUCUGACACCUCAGUGAAAGACUUGCUCCAAAAACCUGUCAGAGACCAAAAUGGACAUCAGUCAACUUUGGACUUGGUUCAGUUCCUGACUGUUCUAGCAUGUUUCCAGAUCUGAGAUUUCAAAUUGUUGAUUGUGUUUGAUUGAAUUUGCCAUUAUGUUUUAAUUUAAUUUAAUGGAAUUGUGUUGCUGUUUGGCCUCAUAAGGCUAUGGUCUAUCAUUCAGAAUCGCAUCAUUUUAUUUAACUAGUAAUGAGAAGCGUCACACUACUUAAUCAUAAGAAUAAGUCAUCACCGAGCCGCUUUCUGGUUUGCAUAGCCACUUUUUUUUUUUUAAAUAUAUAUAUGUAUAACCCCCCCCCCCCCCCCCCCCCCCCACCCCACCCCACCCCACACACACACACACACACACACAAGAAAAUAACACCACUACCGUUCUCUGAAGACACAAAAUUAGUUUACAAAUUGUCUGUCUACAUGUUUAACACCACAUUUUCAGUCACUUUUAUUUGGGUGAAUUAUUUGACCCCUGAAUCAUAUUGCCUGUACCUUGUUAUGAGAGGAGUCCAUACUGUAUUUAAUGCAACAGUGCACCUGCUCUGUCGCUCCCCCUGCCCCCCACAAUCUAUCUCCUUGCCUGCUGAAAAGACUUUUUUUUUUUUUUUGUCCCUUCUGCCUCACUUUUUCUUAACCUUUCUCUUUUAUUUCCUUUUUUUUCCGUUUUAUUUUGUUCACACCUCCCUUGCUCCAUGUACAGCUUGUUGACUGAGAACAUUGAAAAUUACCUGAAGGGACUGUUUUAAAUACUCUAGUGAAGACUGUUUUGAUUUGUAUAAACAGAUAUCAAUAAUGGUAAAUAAUAUAACAAGGGGAAUAUAAUAUAAACAUAUCUUUAUCUGCUAUAGCACAGUAUAUGGUGUGGCUUUUGAGGCAAAGGGAACCAUAACAGCACAGUGAGCAUGCGAGGGAGUUUGAGCUACAGUACAUAACCUCCUUUUGUAGGUUACAUACAGCAUUCCGUAACCAGCUUGACACCGAAAAUGCUUUAAAAUGAAGAUUACGCAGACAAGAUAACCUCGUAAGCCCAUUUUUGUCUAUUACAGUUGUUUGUAAGGGCUUAAUUAAUGCAGUUAUAAGUGUUAUGAAUGACCGACUAAAGUUCUAGUUUAUCUGUAAAUGAAUGCUGUAUGUAUCUAUGGAGGUUGUAUGUAGUCCCCUGCAGCAGCCCCACAUUUUGGAGUGUUUAUCUUCUAUGUGUUGACUGGUAGGAUGAUUGUUUUGAAUCACAUUUGCACUCCACAAUAACAGCUUCCGUCCCUACGGUAAAAGGGCCUGGGGGUGAGUCUGCGAACCGUCAGCUUUAGAAAAGAUGCUCGGGGUCAACUUUUAAAUUUUAUUUUGUCAAUCAUUAUUUUUAACUUACAAGAAAUCAAAAGAAAGAAAGAAAGACCUAGAGGCAUCCCCAAUCAAACCUCGGGUGGCUUUAAUGAACUCAGUAAAUAAGACUCAGGUUCGGAGCAACACCCUGUCAUCUAUGGCCCGUCCUCAGGACCUGAAAUGAGGGAGAAAGCUGGCAUGAAAUAAUGGAGGGGAAACUGGGUGUUUUAGUCGCACACUGUGAUGUGCAGCAUUAGAGGAAAGGCAUUCUGUGGGAUUGAUGGUGAUGACUGUAGCCUGUUGUGUAUUAUUUUUAUUUUUAUUUCCUUUGGUGUGGAUAUUAAACACUGAAGUUGAUCUAUGAAA